GCGCAGAAUUGUAUACGCUGCUGACGAGAAAGGUUGGUCCUCGCGUUUGAGCGCGUCGCGUCUUUUAUUCUGGCUUAACACACAAGGAAAAAUUUCGUGGGCAAACAAAGCUAAAUAAGUUGUGAAAGGAAACAUGAGCAGUGUGACUAAGCGCAGUUUCUAAUUUAACCAAAUUCCAAUUCAAAUUCAAAAGAACGAACAACUAUUGAUCAAGACGGCAAAGAAAGAAGCAAACAAACCAAAACGCACAAUGAAACUGAUAAGCUUAACGCAGCUGAUAACACAAUGAAACUCAUCCACGGAUCCGAAAUGCAAUUAUGAAAUAAUCAGCAAGCCGCAAUCCAUCAGCCAGUGAGGAAAAUCCAGCCAGCCAGCCCAAGAAUUUCCACGUGCAACAUUGGCGAGCCGCAGCGACCACAAAUCGUCCAAACACAUUGAUGUGCGAUUUGAGCGUGUGAAUGUUGGCAGCCCUGGAGCCCUGCCUCGGUGGUUUAGCCAGUACUAGAAACCCGAAUAUGAGAACGGAUAGCGAGGGGAAAGCCGUAGCAGCCGCAAGAUCCACUUCGAAAUCCAGAAAGACCAUCAACACCACAUCAGCAAGCGGUCCGCCCGGACCGAAACCGGAACGAACAUGGCCAGCUGGUGCCCCAAUUGCCACGAACUGCCACCGUUCUAUCCGCCCAUCACGCCAAAGGUAAAGCCCUUGAUGUCGUACGUGAUAAAUCCACAGAUACAUAUUCGUACGCCUCGCUUGUGAAAGACCAUCUGAAAUUGUAGAAGUCACGUUAGCGGCUCUGCAAUGAUCUGUAUACGGACUACUGGGAUUAACCUAUCUCUCCAGCUCGUCAAUCAAUCAAUCAUCAAUCAAUCAGUCAUUUUUCCAGCGAUAGUUCGCAGUGCUAGACGCUGCUACUCUUAUCACAUUUUGCUCUACUUCGAACAUAUAAAAGGCAGUGAUCUUUAAUCCAAUAGCUUAUCACUUUGUUUUGAAUCCAAAGGAGCGAGCUCAUUAUAUUAUAUAUAUCAUUAAAAUGGGAUGUCGGGGUGUGAUCAAAGCACUGUCGAAUCAUUGGCCGACGAUCCAACAGAUUCACCAUUCGACGCCGAUGAUUGUCUCAAGGUGCGCAAGUACUGGUGCUUUCUGCUGUCCAGCAUCUUUACAUUCCUUGCUGGCCUGCUCGUGGUGCUGCUAUGGCGAGCCUUCGCAUUCGUUUGCUGCCGCAAGGAGCCGGACCUGGGGCCCAACGACCCCAAGCAGAAGGAGCAGAAGGCAUCCCGCAACAAACAGGAGUUCGAGGGCACCUUUAUGACAGAAGCGAAAGACUGGGCUGGAGAGCUUAUCUCGGGUCAAACAACAACUGGUCGAAUUUUGGUCGUUCUCGUAUUUAUACUCAGCAUUGCAUCCCUCAUUAUAUACUUUGUUGAUGCAUCUAGCGAAGAAGUCGAAAGAUGCCAAAAGUGGAGUAACAACAUUACUCAACAGAUCGAUCUCGCAUUCAAUAUAUUUUUUAUGGUUUACUUUUUUAUACGAUUCAUAGCGGCGUCCGAUAAGCUUUGGUUUAUGUUAGAAAUGUACAGUUUUGUAGAUUAUUUUACAAUACCCCCGUCCUUCGUAUCAAUAUAUUUAGAUCGAACAUGGAUCGGUCUUCGAUUUCUUCGAGCGCUACGUCUCAUGACUGUUCCAGAUAUUUUACAAUAUUUAAACGUACUAAAAACAUCGAGCUCCAUACGCUUGGCUCAACUAGUAUCAAUUUUUAUAUCCGUGUGGUUAACAGCAGCGGGCAUUAUACAUCUGCUGGAGAACUCUGGCGAUCCGCUGGAUUUUAAUAAUGCUCAUCGUUUAUCGUAUUGGACCUGUGUCUAUUUCCUAAUUGUGACCAUGUCAACGGUAGGAUAUGGUGACGUUUACUGUGAGACUGUCCUGGGAAGAACAUUUCUCGUGUUCUUUCUGCUCGUCGGCUUGGCCGUUUUCGCUAGUUGGAUACCAGAAAUCACUGAACUGGCUGCCCAAAGAAGCAAAUAUGGUGGAACAUAUAGCAAGGAUCCUAGAAAAAGACAUAUUGUGGUAUGCGGUCAUAUAACAUACGAAUCCGUGUCGCAUUUCCUGAAGGACUUCCUCCACGAAGAUCGGGAGGAUGUCGAUGUCGAAGUGGUCUUUCUCCAUCGCAAAGAGCCUGAUCUGGAGCUAGAGGGACUGCUGAAGCGUCACUAUACCACAGUGGCCUUUUUUCAGGGCACUAUGAUGAACGCAGUCGACCUGGAGCGAGUCAAGGUUCAUGAAGCCGACGCCUGCCUCGUGCUAGCUAACAAAUAUUGCCAAGAUCCCGACGCAGAAGAUGCUGCCAACAUCAUGAGAGUCAUCUCGAUCAAGAACUACAGCGACGACAUUCGAGUCAUCAUCCAGCUGAUGCAGUACCACAAUAAGGCAUACUUGCUGAACAUACCAUCAUGGGAUUGGAAACAGGGCGACGAUGUCAUCUGCCUGGCCGAACUGAAGCUGGGCUUCAUUGCCCAGAGUUGUUUGGCGCCCGGGUUCUCGACCAUGAUGGCCAAUCUGUUCGCCAUGAGAUCGUUCAAGACGUCGCCAGACAUGCAGUCUUGGACAAAUGAUUACCUGCGCGGCACUGGCAUGGAAAUGUACACUGAAACAUUGAGUCCCACAUUUAUUGGAAUACCAUUUGCUCAGGCCACUGAACUGUGUUUCUCCAAGCUGAAGCUUCUGCUGCUGGCCAUCGAGAUCAAGGGCGCAGAAGAGGGGGCGGACAGCAAGAUUUCCAUCAACCCUCGGGGGGCAAAAAUCCAGGCCAACACCCAGGGUUUCUUCAUAGCACAAAGUGCCGACGAGGUGAAGCGUGCCUGGUUCUACUGCAAAGCGUGUCAUGAGGACAUUAAGGACGAGACGCUGAUCAAGAAAUGCAAAUGCAAAAACUUGGCCACCUUCCGGAAAGGCGUCCGAGCCGUACAAAUGGUUGGGCGUGCAAAUGAACACCAUCCUGCACCCACAUUUACUCCUCCAGAGCUACCCAAGCGGGUGCAUGUGCGUGGAUCUGUAUCGGGUGAUAUCACUCGUGACAGAGAAGAUACGAAUCUACUCAAUCGCAAUGUGCGCCGGCCGAAUGGCACUGGCAACGGUACGGGUGGCAUGCACCACAUGAACAACACGGCAGCGGCGGCUGCGGCAGCUGCGGCGGCGGGAAAACAGGUGAACAAGGUGAAGCCAACGGUGAAUGUGAGCCGGCAGGUGGAGGGCCAAGUGAUAUCGCCAUCGCAGUACAACAGGCCACCAGAGAAUGAUGCUAACCCUUAUGCGGGCUAUCAACUUGCUUACGAAGUUAAAAAGCUCAUGCCGACGAGUCGCAGUUCCGGCACGGGCACACAGAAUCAAAAUGGCGGCGUAUCCUUGCCCGCCGGCAUUGCGGACGACCAGUCGAAGGACUUUGAUUUCGAGAAGACCGAAAUGAAGUACGACUCGACGGGCAUGUUCCACUGGAGUCCGGCAAAGAGCUUAGAAGACUGCAUACUGGAUCGCAACCAGGCGGCCAUGACCGUGCUGAACGGCCACGUGGUCGUGUGCCUGUUUGCCGAUCCCGAUUCGCCGCUGAUUGGGCUGCGGAAUCUGGUGAUGCCGCUGCGGGCAUCCAACUUCCACUACCACGAGCUGAAACACGUGGUCAUCGUGGGCUCGGUGGACUACAUAAGACGCGAGUGGAAGAUGCUGCAGAACCUGCCCAAGAUCUCGGUGCUCAACGGAUCGCCGCUGAGCCGUGCCGACCUGCGGGCCGUUAACGUCAAUCUGUGUGAUAUGUGCUGCAUCCUGUCGGCGAAAGUUCCUAGCAACGACGAUCCCACGCUGGCCGACAAGGAGGCGAUCCUCGCCUCGCUGAACAUCAAGGCGAUGACCUUUGACGACACGAUCGGUGUGCUCAGCCAGCGCGGCCCGGAGUUCGACAAUCUGAGCGCCACCGCCGGCAGUCCCAUUGUGCUGCAGCGGAGGGGCUCGGUCUAUGGCGCCAAUGUGCCCAUGAUAACAGAACUGGUCAAUGAUAGUAACGUGCAGUUUCUCGAUCAAGACGACGACGAUGAUCCAGAUACAGAACUCUAUCUGACGCAGCCUUUCGCCUGCGGCACAGCCUUCGCUGUGAGUGUGUUAGACUCGCUGAUGUCCACGACUUACUUCAAUCAAAACGCCUUAACGCUGAUCCGCUCACUGAUAACGGGCGGCGCCACGCCCGAGCUGGAACUGAUCCUGGCCGAGGGAGCUGGCCUCCGGGGAGGCUACAGCACUGUGGAGAGUCUGAGCAAUCGAGACAGAUGUCGAGUGGGUCAAAUCUCACUGUACGACGGUCCGUUGGCUCAAUUUGGGGAGUGCGGCAAGUAUGGGGACCUAUUUGUGGCAGCCCUCAAGUCGUACGGAAUGCUGUGCAUCGGAUUAUACCGAUUCAGGGACACCAGCUCCAGUUGUGAUGCGAGCAGCAAACGUUAUGUAAUAACCAACCCACCCGAUGACUUUUCACUACUGCCAACAGAUCAGGUAUUCGUUUUAAUGCAAUUCGAUCCGGGCCUGGAGUACAAGCCGCCAGCGGUACGAGCACCUGCAGGCGGACGUGGCACCAACACACAAGGUUCCGGGGUCGGUGGGGGCGGCUCCAACAAGGAUGAUAACUCUUGAUUGUUACUGUGUAGCGCCUUAACUGAUGGUCCUUAUUCGUACAUUUGAACGAUGGAGAAGCUAAACGAAGGCAGAGCAGCGCAUUUUUGGCAACGCAUCCACAACUACAUAUUGGCAUAAGAUAUUUGAUACUCGCGACAAGGCGACAACAAAUCGGCAGCGAAAAAAAGACAUAUUUGUAUGUAAAUCGAUUGUACCGUGUACAAAAGUGAAAUCAAAAGCGUUAAUAAGUUAGAGAUUACGACCAUAACUUGCGUGCCAUUAAAUGCGCUGCUCUGCUCUUUUAUGUGUGUGGGGGGAUGCGGCUCGGUGUAUUUUGUCCAUCCCAACUAACAAUCAAGAGACAACCGGAACCGGAACCACUGACCACCAGAUCAACGUCGACGGCAAUGCCGCCUGCCUCCACACACAUAAAAAGCUAAUCCGGAUCGGGGGACCAAGAACUUUAGCCCUGAUAUCCAUCGUUCAACUGCCAACUGAUUGCUUCCCACAUCAUUCCGUAUGCCUUUUUAGAACCUUGAAAUUAUCAUAUUCUGUAUAUCUAUAAUUUUAGUCUUGCAACUACAUUGGUUGAUUUUGUAUCCUUGUUUAUCCCUAUUAUUUUGUAAUCAACAUUGUGUGCCCCAAUAAAAUAUUCUUAUUAUUAUUAUUUAAUUUUUAAGUUGGUUUUGUCAUUUGGUUCGACCCCAAUUUCGUUCUUCAAGCAACAAUCAUUAGUUAUACUUAUAGGUAUGUAUUUACGUAUGAGUGCUGUCGACUAUCAUUUACAUUAACAUUUACAUUACAUUUAUAUUUAAGAAUCAUUUACCACUAAUUUUCGUUUACAUUUUGAGUUAACUUCAUGGCGCUAUCAUUGCAUAAGAAACAAUUGAAAAUUGAAUUCUAAACGAAAAUCCAUCUUAAUGGUGUGACGUAAGCAAUUGGGAACCAUUAGUGAGGUAAGCUACACAUUAAACAAGGAAACAAGGAAAACUGAGCGAAAAACAAGAAACUACCAAAAACUACAAACUAAGUCUACUCGAUCUGUGUACUCUCAUGUCUCAAAAUCUAUCUCUAAGUCGCUGAAUGCGGCCACAACGCAACAAUUUAUAUCGAACACACCAAUUAAACACUGCAAACAAUGCAUUGCGGAUUGCUUUUGGCUGAGAUACAGAUACUGAUAGCGAGAUACAGAUACAAGGCAAUGAGGCUAAAAUUCAAAAACUGCAUUUAGAAGUUUCUGAGCAUGCGCAAAACGAUUUAUAUAGAGCGAAGCAUAUUGUAAUCAUUAAACUUUUAAUGUAAACCUAAACACAAAUAUCGAUUAAUGACACCUAACACCUUAAAGCCAACAAUCUGCUAGCUAAUUCGUAUGCCUAAAACAAAUACACAUACACAUAUGGCUCGACCUGAACUUUUAUGAAAGCCAGAGAAAACAUGGUUGUUUCUAACGAAGAAUCGCCAAAUCCAGGCAAAUUUGGAGGCAAAUACUAAACCAUAUGCAAAGUACUACACUUAACUAGAUGAGUCUCAGCUUUUUCACUCGACACAAGUCAAAUUUGCUAAUUGCUAAUUCUAAAUUGAACAACUUCUAACAUUCACAUCUCUACACAAAAAAAAAAAAAAAAAAACAACAAACUCGCAGGGCAGAAUGCCCUGAGAAAAUAUUGUAAGUAGCGCAUUCGAAUCAUUAUUGAAUACCACUUAAUAUAGAGGACACCUAGGCCGGAAUAUAUAGAGUGCGACGAAAGCUGAUGAAACGUAGUUAGUAAUAUUUUUUAGUGUAUGUGAAUGUGUGCGCUUUUUACCAGCGAUUUACGAGCAGCAACUGUGGUGUUCUAAACAAAUUUUGAUAGAUACAAUCGGUAACCAAAUGGCGAAAACGUUAAGUUCCAACUCCGACUUCUGGCUAUAACCAUCUGUACUAACUUCUCUACCAACUUCACGCACUUGCGCUCGAAACUUUCGAAAGGAACGCUCUGAUUUUUGUACAUAGCCUGUAAAUAUGAUAAGUAACUAAAGCAUCUCGACUAUGAUAUCGUUUAACCCGUUUAUCCUGUGCUGUUUCGUUUUGCCGUUCACAAAGCAAGAGUUUUCGGAUCAUAAUUGUAAUUUGUUCAAAUGAUAAACACUGCCAAAGCGUAUAGAAAUCACAUUAAAUGUAGAGAUCACAACCAAAACUAAAAAAUAAAAAUCAAGCAAACCGCAUUCAUCAAUAGUGGGAAAACCAAAGAAGCGUAACAAGAAAAAUGGCACAGAAUAGCAACAACCACUGGAUUUGUUUUGUUUGAUUGUUUCCACACAUGAUUAGCGAAUAACAAAUUUAAGUAAAACGAAUUCGAGCUUUUAAAUUUAAUACGAAGAGUAAAACAUAAACGUUUAUAAGCGAAAAUAAAAGAGCCAAUUACCAAUUCGUUUCAUAAUUGAUUUGUAGUGGAAUUUUGUGCAGCCUAGACUUACCCAGAACGUAAAUUAAAAACAAAAUAUGUGAAUAUUAUGCGCCUUCGAAAUUGAUGUAAAAGUAUGAUGUAUGUAGCCGAGCGAUGUGAGAAACAUUAAAACUCCAUUAAAGUACAUUUAAUUUAAUGGUAAAGGUAACGGUAAUGGUAAUGGUAAUGGUAAAGGUAAUGAUAAACGUAAUAGUCAAGUGUAAAUGUUAACGAAUCGAGAGCAUAGCAUAGCUUAGCAUAAACUAUGACGACUAGUUAUCGCGACAAGCAGUUCAUAUAUUGUUAAUGAUAAACUUAUUAUUAAAUCGACAACAAAACGCAUUUGCAAUCCUAAAAUAAAAUUAAUAAUAAAAAGAAAUAACAAAAAUCGAUGCAUUGGCGGUGGCGUAGCGAAAACCCAAAAGUUAAACAUAAUUUUUAAAUGAAUAAACUAGUUAUUAAAUUUAUAGAAACCUCACUUAUACACCAACACCACACCGAUACUCACACACACACACACAAGCCCACAUUCACACACACACACACACACUCAACAGCGAUGAACCCAACAACAAGAACAAAAAUGAACUCUCGAUGUUGUGAAACUUGAUAAAAUCAUGUUUACGAUAUAGCAGAUCUACAUAAAUGAAAUAAAAAUAAAAAUGAAUGCAGAUAUAGUACAUACUCAACCAAGGCAAAGCAGAAACUAUCCGAAAGAAAGCUUCUCUGAAUCAAAGGAAAUUAAUCGAAAAAUAUAGAAAAGAAAAACACGCUGACAAAGCUGCCUUUCCCAAUCGCAUUUCCCAAUUCCUAAUUGAUUAUUAAUGAUUGAUAAUAACUUCGAGUAUUUUUCUACUUCGCUCAAUUCAACAUUUCCGAGCAGCUUUGUUUUCAACAAAUAAUAUAUAUUUACAUGCAUAUAUAUUAAUAAUGUCGCAUACAACUACUCAAUGCCGUAUAAAUUAGCGUAAGUGCAAAGGUUUUUGUAGAAAACUCGUCAAUAAAAAUGAAAACAAAAAAAAAAAAACGUAUAAAAUAUAUUAUCAUACUCGUAAAUGUGAAGCUAUGCAGCAUUUUACUGUAGUUAGAUUUUUUGUAUAGAAUCAACGUUUGCAGAUAAAAACCAAAACGAAAACCGAAACUAAUAUGAUAAUUUUACAGGUUUAAGGCGGAAAUGUUCAUUUUUUUAAGGAAUAACGAUAUUAAGAUAUCAUAAUUAACAUAACAAAUUGCAACUAAAAAACCAAGCAAAAAAAGAAAAACGAAAAAAUAUUUUUUAUAAUUUCGCAGCACUUUCACAUGAUACCCGCACACGCACACAUACACAUCCGGCAAUGUGUGCUAAAUAAAUUGUAUAAAUAAUGCAAACCCAAAAAAAAAAAAAACAAUGCAAAUCAUAUUAAUGUAGUUACAUUUUUUUAGUUUUUACUCGCUAUUUAUAUGAGGUAUAUUUACACAACGGAAAACGUAAAAGUAGACAUAAAUAAAACGUAAAAAGCGAUAAAAAAAAUUCAUUAAUUUACAUUGAAAUUAAAGUAAACUAAACCGAAAUCAGAGCAGAAAGCAUAAAAUGACAAAUUAGUUUAAAAUGGUCCUGCAAAGGCAAAAACAACAAAAAAUAAACAACAUUUUAAAUAACAAAUUGAAGAGCUAAAAAUGCAUAUUUUAAACAUUUGUCUAAAACGCAACCGAAAGAAAAAACCAAAAGAAAUGAUAAAUGUAUGAAAUAAAAGGUAUAAUAAUAAUAUUAUGUUGUUAAUGUUUAAAAAACCUUGUU